AGAAAUCAUGGAUAGAGAGAGCAUUUUGCAAGAGAGAAUGUGUCCAUAUAAUACCAAGCACCAAAGACCACCAUAGGUGUUGUUGCGGGCGACUAAUGGGUCAACAUGUUGGAUUGCCUCCAGUUAUUUCCAUCAGUCAGAAUGAAAGUAUUGAAAGCAGAAUCGUGAAGAAUGACUUGCACUCGGAGAAGUGGUCCAUCAGCAAACACACACAGCUCAGCCCAACAGAUGCCUUUGGGACAAUUGAAUUCCAGGGAGGAGGGCACUCCAACAAAGCCAUGUAUGUGCGUGUUUCAUUUGACACAAAGCCUGAUCUCCUCUUACAUCUAAUGACAAAGGAAUGGCAACUGGACCUCCCGAAGCUACUGAUCUCCAUUCAUGGGGGGCUCCAAAACUUUGAGCUCCAACCUAAACUCAAGCAAGUAUUUGGAAAGGGUCUGAUUAAAGCAGCAAUGACAACAGGGGCUUGGAUAUUCACUGGAGGUGUGAACACAGGGGUCAUUCGCCAUGUAGGAGAUGCACUGAAGGACCAUGCUUCAAAGUCCAGAGGAAGGAUCUGCAUUAUAGGCAUCGCUCCAUGGGGAAUCGUAGAGAAUCAAGAAGAUCUGAUUGGGAAGGAUGUGGUCCGACCAUAUCAAACAAUGUCCAACCCCUUGAGCAAGCUGACUGUGUUGAACAGCAUGCAUUCACAUUUCAUACUGGCUGACAAUGGCACAACUGGAAAAUAUGGAGCGGAGGUGAAGUUGCGGAGGCAACUGGAGAAGCACAUCUCCCUGCAGAAGAUUAACACCAGGAUUGGACAGGGCGUUCCAGUGGUGGCGCUCAUUGUGGAAGGUGGGCCCAACGUAAUUUCCAUUGUAUUGGAAUACCUGCGAGACACCCCUCCCGUGCCUGUGGUAGUCUGCGAUGGUAGCGGGCGGGCUUCAGAUAUCCUCGCUUUCGCUCACAAGUAUUCCGAGGAUGGAGGGUAA